CAAUUUGUUUACACUCCACUAACACGUGUUGUCUCGGUUUGUUUACGUUCGGAACUUGGUCUCUUCUUUAUAUUUAAUAGACAGCUCAUACCCAAAGAUGGGGAAGAAAAGAAGGCACCAAGAGGUAGUAGAGGAAUCUGAAGAAGAAGAUUCACAGAAAAAAGACGAACCAGUGAUAGCUGACAAGAAGUUUAAUGAGUUUGAUGUGAAAAAUGUUGGGCAGCGUCUGAUCGUCGUGUUGGAGAGGGCUAAUUUGGAGAGUGUAAAGAAUGGCAAGAACUAUGAACUCCUAAACUGUGAUGAUCACAUGGGAAUGAUGAAGAAGUUCAAGAAGGACCCUGCAGAUUGCCGUCCUGAUAUCCUUCACCAGUGCCUCCUCAUGUUGCAGGACUCGCCUCUCAAUCAGGCUGGUAAACUUCAGGUGUACAUUCACACUGAAAAGAAUGUCCUUAUAGAAGUGAACCCGCAGUGCAGAAUACCAAGAACCUUCAAAAGAUUUGCUGGUUUAAUGGUCCAGCUACUUCACAAGAUGAGCGUGCGGGCUUCGGAUGGAAGCAUGAAACUGCUGAAGGUCAUCCGCAACCCAGUCAGUGACCACUUUCCCCCUGGUAUUAAGAAGAUCGGAACCUCUUUCCAGGCCAAGAACCUCGUCAACCCACGGUCACUUGUCCCCCCCAAGGAAUCACUUGUUGUGGUUAUAGGGGCAAUGGCUCAUGGCAAAGUGGAGGUGGACUACACAGAAGAGGAAGUAUCAUUCUCGAACUAUCAUCUCUCGGCUGCUCUUGCCUGUUCCAAGUUGUGCAAUGGCUUUGAGGAAGUGUGGGGCAUCAAGUAAUGACAGGAAAAGUUACAUUUGUGAAUGCUGUUAAUUGUGAUGUUUGUCAUAAUAUAGAUUAUAUGU